AUGAACCCAUUUAUCUCGGAAAAUUUUGAAACGCAGCAGAUUCCAUCUGAUAAUGUGUUGGGUUAUGGACUCACUAAUGUUUUGUUAACAGUAUUUAUAAUUAUAGUUUUAAUAGCCUUUGUUGCGGUAUUACCAAUAUCAAUGAUCAUCAUUGGAAUCACUUACAUUCAUGAUUGUCCAGUCCAACCACGAAUACCUAUUUAUUUAAUUGUUCUUGGUUUUUUUCAAAUGUUGGAAUGUUGUGGUCGAUUAGGAUAUAAAUGUGUUCAAACACAAAAUGCACAGCAAAGAAAUGCAUGGCAGGAACGUUACAGAAGGAAAGAUCCAUUGGUGUAUUUUGUGAUUGUUUGGUUUAUUAUCGGGAGUAUGUGGGUUUAUCAAACCAACCCAGAAUGCCAGGAUUGUCAUAUCCAAACAACGAUGAAAACAAAUCAAACCAGACUCAGUACCACUCCUUCAUUGACCUCGGGUUUACCAGCCAAACCUGCGCAGAGUUUAGUGUAUUGCGACAUGACUGUUUACAAGUUUGCAUUUUGGGUAAUAACGACAUAUUAUGGUAUUAUAGGUUUUUUUUGUUUUCUAAUAUUAGUGGAUGUUAUUUUUAAAGGGUUAAAUAGAUGUUGUAAUAUAUCAAGGUAGCCAUUAUAAAAUUCAUCCAUGUACAUUUAUAUGCUUUAAAUUCUUUAGAGUGUAACUGUAUUUUCAGUUUUGAGCAGUCCUACACACUAUUUAAGAACCCAAACCUCGGAUUUAGUCAAUAAAUAAGAACAAAGUAAAAGGAACUUCAAGCUCAAAUCAUUGUUUUUAAAAAAGAAAUUUUUGAAAAGUCUCAUUGAAACUCCUAUCUUCUCCAUAAAAUUAGAUAUUUUAACAACUUUCUGCUCUUAUCUCAUGGGCAGAGCAAAAAUAUAUUCUUUACUCAUGACAUUGUCUUAAAAAACUCCAAAUAUUCUCAAUUUGUGUUAAAAAAUACUGCCAAAUACAAAUCUUUUAACUUUAACUCUGCAAAAAGAGCCCUGGUAAAAACAACCAAUUUAAGUUUGAUAUAAACACAUUAUUUGUAGAGAAUAUGAGAAGACAAAAGUAAUGCAUAAGAAGAAAAAAAUCGUUGAAUCAGGUUCUCAUAAUAAAAGCAUGUAUAUAAAUUCUAAACUUCCUGUAAAACUCUGUGUAUGACCUUAUUUGGUUAAAAAUGACUGGAAUGUGCAGCUCGGCUGCUUUAAAUUAAAUACAGAUUUUACCACAGCUAACAAAAGUAUGGCAUAAUUAAGGUUGAAACAAAUUAAAACUAAUUGGAUAUAAUUUUGCAUUGUAAAUAUUUGGUAAUUUAUGUUUUUCAACCGUUGUUUUUUUUACUUUGUGGGUUAAUUGUAAAUAGUCGCAUGAAAUAGCUAAAUGACUUUAGUCGAUAUGUAUGGAAAAUAAGUGUUCAGAAUUGUUAAUGUAGCUGGGGGUCGAAUUUUUUUUUUUGAGAUCCAAUAGUAAACGAUUGGGGGGGGGGGUCAAAAAUUUUACUGGGAGAAGAGAAACGGACGAAUUGAAUGCUUCUAAAUAAUAACCAUAAGUGUGGGAGGGUGGCGAAAAAUCUGAUAAUAAGCGUCUCUUGUCUUUUAAUAUAAAGUACAUAAUAUGUCCUCAUUCUUUUUUGUUUUUUUUUAUAUAUUUGUAUAUUUUUAUUGCAUUUCACUUGCUUUGCCUCUCGUUAUUUUAUAUGAAGAUGUGUAUAUUUGUUACUAGACACCCUAUUUCAUCACAAAAAGGAAGUGUAAACCAGCAA